GUCAAGCUGUUGCAAACAGUAUCAAAUAGUAACAAUGAGCGAGGUUAAAGAAAUAACAAUAGUGGUAAAAUGGAGUGCAAAGGAAUAUCCAAUAACUGAUUUGACAGACCAAGAUACAGUGGCUGUCUUGCGCCAUGAAAUCUUUAAAAAGACACAAGUGCGUCCGGAGCGCCAAAAACUUUUAAAUUUAAAGUACAAAGGUAAACCCGCUGAGAACAAUUUAAAAUUGGGUAAUUUGGAGUUGAAGUCCAAUUUUAAAAUAAUGAUGGUUGGUUCCACUGAGGCUGACAUCGAGGAUGCCUGUCAAAAGCCCGAAGAUUUGGGUGAUAUAAUUGAUGAUUUAGAGUUUGAGUCUGAAGAAGAAUCGGUGGAGAAUUCUUCAAUUUAUUUGGCGAAAAUAGAGAAACGCAUUAAGGAAUAUAAAAUAACUGAGUUAAAUCCUCCUAGACCAGGCAAGCAUUUACUAGUGUUGGACAUAGACUAUACACUGUUUGACCACCGUUCGUCAGCUGAAACGGGUGCGGAACUUAUGCGUCCCUAUUUACAUGAAUUCCUGACCAUUGCCUACGAAUUCUAUGACAUUGUCAUAUGGUCUGCCACUGGCAUGCGUUGGAUUGAGGAGAAAAUGCGCUUGCUGGGUGUUAGUAAACACAUCGAUUACAAAAUAAUGUUUUAUUUAGACUCCAAUGCCAUGAUCUCUGUUCAUACAUCCGAUAGAGGUGUUAUAGACGUUAAACCCCUGGGUGUUAUAUGGGGUCUGUACCCACAAUACUCGGCGGCUAAUACUAUAAUGUUUGAUGACAUACGUCGUAAUUUCUUAAUGAAUCCUCGCUCUGGUCUACGCAUUAGACCUUUUCGACAAGCCCAUUUAAAUCGUGAUACAGACGAAGAACUAAUUAAACUUUCCAAGUAUUUAACCGAUAUAGCUAAACAUUGCAAAGACUUUACCAAGCUGAAUCAUCGCAAAUGGGAACAUUAUGAUCCGCGUAAAUAAAUAAUUUCGUUUGUUCGUUUAGUGUUUGUUUGUUCGGUUUGAUCGCGUGUGUUAAAAUGUGAUUGCUUUAAAAGCAGUGUCGAUGUUUAUUUUUUUUAUAUAUAAUUUGCUUAACUUUAAAUUAAGGACUUCCGUAAUUUAUUAUUUAUAAAAAAUACUGUUUAAAUACAAGUGCUCUUAAUGAAUUGCCACAAAUUUUAAAAAAAACUACAUAUAAACAAAUUAUUUUCUAAUAUACAUCAUUGCAACAUUCCACAUAAAACAUACAUAAAUGCAUA